CUUUUAGUCCUUAAUUCAAAACCCCCCAAAAUUUCUCUCCUUUCUUGAAUUGUUUGAACACUCUUUUGUAAAAAACAAAAAAAAAAAACACAAGUUGUGUUCUUUGAAAAAUUAAGGAAACUGUGUUUUUUAUUCUAGCUGGAAAAAAAAAACAUGUAUGCCGACACAGGGCUGUUUUUUCCUUACAUGCAGAACUUUGCUCAAGAUUUUCAGCAGUUUGAAGGUUACUGUAAAACCCAGAAACCGAAUGCUUCAAUGAACAACAUGGUUCCGACCUCGACGAUAUCGGAAUAUGAUUUGGGAGGAGAUGGUGAUUUGUUCAAAGCUCCGGAACCGAUCAUCGAAGAACCAAUUGUAAGCCUUGAUCCGAUGACUGCAGCCAUAUCAUCAUUAAUCUCGUGCGGUGAAGAUGUUAUUACUUCACAAGAACUUAAAGCCGCAGAUAUCGAAUCAUUUCAAAACGAGCAGCUUUUAGAGGUUUUGUAUGAGUGCGAGAAGGAUAUGAUGGCACAAGCAGCGAUUGAAACGCCGUUGGUGGCGGAGGUCAUUGAUGUCAAGAUUCCCGUGGAUGAAAACUGGAAUCAAGAAAAUGAAAUGUCGUGUGAUGUGACAUUCUCGAAAAGUAUUAGCUCAGGCAGUUUAAGCUCGAUGGAAUGGAUGCGACAGGCUGCUAUCAAGCCUAAUUUCCUUGAUUUUACCGGAAUGGAUUUCAGUUCUGUUUACGGAAUGAGGAGAGCGUUUAGCGAAGGAGAUAUGAAGACUCUCGGCAACGGUAACGUGAGCAUCAUCCACUCUCCGGUCGAGAGACCAUCAAUUGUCAGCUGCUGUUCUAAUGAAGAUAGAAGGGAAAAGCUCUCGAGAUACCGCAAUAAGAAGACAAAGAGGAACUUUGGAAGGAAAAUCAAGUAUGCUUGCCGGAAGGCUCUUGCCGAUAGUCAACCAAGGAUCCGUGGAAGAUUCGCAAGGACCGAAGAAUCCGACCACUCCAAGAGGUAAUAAAACGGUUACAGAGUAAAACGGGAAGGAAGUAGCUAGGAUCAAUGAGGUUAAUUAAAGAAGUAAUGCUAAAAUAAACAAGAACCCAACUCUUGAGAAAUAGUUGUUCUAGUCGUGUUCGCCGUAAUAACGGAGAGAUGGCCAACCGAGUCGGAUGUACAUAGUGUCUAUUCAAUAAACUGGCAAAGCAGAAAUUUGGACUUGUUAAUAUAAAUAUGUGUGUGUAUAAAAAUCAUGAUGUUUUGGCUCCA